AGCAAUGCACAGUACCCUAGGUUAGGUUAGGCGCCUGGCGUCCUGUUCUGCCGUCUUUUACCGCUUUUAACGCUUUCGCUUUCAACGCCAAUGAUCCCCUGCACAGGUGCCCUGGGUUCGUCGAGCUUGGAGUUUAGCGCUACUGCAGACCUGGGUGUGUGUGCAUCCCAUCCCGUCAAUGGAAGAUACGGCACAGUGUUGGUGAAUGAAACCGACAUAUGAGACCACAAACUUUAUCCAUCAAGCUUCCGAAUCCCCUCAGUUCUCAAUCAUCGGCGAAUUCACAACAGUUCAUCUCGACUCACUGUGUUCAACCUCAAUGAACAAAACUAAUACAGCCGCCUGCAAGAUACAACGCCCAGAUGGCUAGCGCUCCAACGUCGGCGGUUCCAGCCGCUGGCGACCAUGAUGACGAUUCUGAAUGGGAGUAUGAAUACUCUGCGACAGAAACAGAGACUUAUUAUGUGACCUUGGACCUUUCGAAGGCAGACUUUGUGACGCGCCAGCAGUCUAGUGUACCGAGUGGUCGCGGUGGAUACAAAGAACGAGCACUCGCGGACAUCUUUGCUAGGAAAUAUGAUGACGACAAUCUUCCUGCCCCCAAACCCAAGCCAUCACAUCCAGGCAGAGAUCCGCUUGAUGAGCCUAAAGGCCCACAGGCCGACUCUCAAGACAAACUAUCAUACCACGACGUCGUCGACCUGAAUGAGUUUCAAAUUCUGGAGCUUCAUUCGGAAAAUCCUCUCGUCUCCUAUCGUGGACGCGUCUAUGAGGGUCACUGGGCCCAAAACGUUGGCACCGAAUUACUGUUCGCCCGACACGAUCAAGAUAACCCAUUACCUGUGGUUCGUCGACUUGACAAGGGAGUCGAUCUGCUAGCAGCGAGCUCGGCACGCAUUAUGCUCACUGAAAAGAGUCUAAAGCCUGCAGCUACAAAGUCUCAGCGACGUCAACCAAAGGUUCGUUUUGAUGGCGAGGACUAUGAAGGAGAAUCGCAUCCCACCGUCCCCGAUCCAGAACCAGGUGCCUCAGCAGAAAGGUACGAGCAGGGUGAUUUCUUGGCCAAGCUGAUUGCAUUGAAGAGGAAGAGGGGCGAUAAGGAUGAGGUGACAGUGAUCGCCAAAUUGCACGAAGAAGGAAAGAAGAAGCCAGGGCAAAAGAAGCCAAAACCUGACCAGGAUGAGGAGAGGCCUGCUCGAGGAAAGGGGAGUGGACGCGGCCGUGGUGGGGGAAGGCCGCGGGGCAAAGCUAGAAGCCGCGGCCGAGGACGAGGUCGAAAACUACAUUUCUCUAAGGAAGAAUCAUCAGACCCUGACCCAACCGAGAAGGUCUCCACUCCCAUGGACCAUAAAAGCACACGGGUUACUCCGAGGAGAUGGUCUCAACUCAACAACCCCGAUGAAGACGAGAACCAAGAUAACUAACUCACAAGGCGGGAGGGACUCGAGGGACAAGCACGCGGGCGAAAUGAACUUGGGCGGAGACUACAUGUAGUAGUAGACUGACAGUAUGACCUCUCAGCCGUUCUGGAUGUGCUGUGGUGGUAGCAAUGGUUUUUGGAACUGAGGCUCGAGUACAGCGUAAAUUGUUCACUCGUUCUGCAACAAUUUCCAGGAGUGUGGACAUAUCUGACUUGACGCAAUCUACUCCUUGGG